UUGGUCUGAAAGCGGGUGUGUUGAUCGCUAUGUUGGGGCUGCGGGCGGAGUGUGUGUAAGAUGGCGGCCGCGGCGGUGGAGCUUCAGAGAGCACAGUCUCUCCUCAGCACAGACAGAAACGCCAGCAUCGACAUUUUACACGCUAUCGUAAAACGUGAUGUGCAGGACAGUGAUGAGGAGGCUGUGCGUGUUAAGGAGCAGAGCAUCCUGGAACUUGGAGGACUUCUGGCCAAAACCGGACAAGCCGCUGAGUUGGGGGGGCUGCUGAAGUAUGUGCGUCCGUUCCUGAAUUCCAUUAGUAAGGCGAAGGCGGCACGGCUGGUGCGCUCCCUGCUGGAUCUCUUCCUAGACAUGGAAGCAGCAACGGGCCAGGAGGUAGAGCUCUGCCUCGAAUGCAUUGAGUGGGCAAAGUCCGAAAAGAGGACAUUUCUCCGACAGGCCCUGGAGGCCCGCCUGGUCUCUCUGUAUUUUGAUACUAAGCGGUAUCAGGAAGCUUUGCAGCUUGGUUCUGCACUUCUGCAGGAGCUGAAGAAGAUGGAUGAUAAGGCUCUGCUGGUGGAGGUUCAGCUAUUGGAGAGUAAGACGUAUCAUGCCCUCAGUAAUCCACCCAAAGCCCGUGCCGCCCUCACUUCCGCCCGGACCACCGCUAAUGCCAUCUACUGCCCACCUAAACUGCAGGCAGCUCUUGACAUGCAGUCAGGAAUAAUUCACGCUGCAGAGGAAAAGGACUGGAAAACUGCUUAUUCAUAUUUUUACGAAGCAUUUGAAGGAAAUGACUCUAUUGACAGCCCACGUGCCAUCACCGCCCUCAAAUACAUGCUGCUCUGCAAAAUCAUGCUCAAUGCGUACGUACGUGUAAGAAAGAAGGCCAGAGGAUGUUCAGGCUUUAAUCAGUGGAAAACUUGCUCUCAGAUACGCUGGCAGACAGAUUCUCUGAAAUGUGUUGCCCAGGCCAGUAAGAACCGGUCACUUGCAGAAUUUGAGAAAGCAUUGACUGAUUACAGGGCAGAGCUGAGGGAUGACCCGAUCAUCAGCAUGCAUUUGGCCAAACUCUACGACAAUCUCCUGGAACAGAACCUUAUCAGGGUCAUCGAGCCCUUCUCCAGAGCACAGAUCGAGCAUAUCUCCAGCCUCAUCAGACUCUCAAAGGGAGACGUUGAGAGAAAACUAUCACAGAUGAUUCUAGAUAAGAAAUUUUACGGGAUUCUGGACCAGGGAGAAGGAGUUCUUAUCGUAUUUGACGAGCCGCCUGUAGAUAAAACAUAUGAAGCGGCCCUGGAGACUAUCCAGAACAUGAGUAGGGUUGUGGAUUCUCUCUACAACAAAGCCAAGAAGCUUACAUAGAUUGCAGUCGGUUCUAGCAGCUGAAAGCAGACCUGCCGAGGGUUCCAGCGGGGUACAAGUUCGUGAAGGACUGCACCCCACACCCUCUCUCCCCAGGACCAACUGAUGGGCUGCUUUCCCCUGGACUUUAGGAACGUUCCCUCCAUAGAAAGAUUUCAGCUGGGACAGGAAAGGCCUUUUUUGCUCUUUUAUUUCCUGCUCAGACGUUUGUAUGUGGAGUGCCCCCUGUGGGCCAUCAGGGAGUACUGAUAAUAAACCUGCUCUGAUUCUGUAUCAAAUGUAAAUAUUCAUAUAUCUCAGACCCAUGGAGCAUCCACGGUUGCCAACCUGAAGGCCUGUCUUUAUGGCCAUUUCUCACCUUCUUUGUAUUACUACAGGACCCACUUAGGUUGCGCGGCCCAUCUACGUAUGGCAGUACAGGACGCUCUGCACUAGCAGGACUGUGUGGAGGGAAAUGUCCAAUAUCUCAUACUGUGUUCCUACCAACCAAAAAACACCCCAACCUCUCUCACCCAUUUGUAAAUAAUGCUGCCAAGUGUCUGUCAUGCUGUCACAUUUUUAUAAUGCUAAGAACAUAAUAAAUUCACCAAGUGUG